AUGGAUCCAUCACAACUUGGGGAGGGGUUAGCGAAGAAGUUUCUUACAAAAUUCUUUCCGCCUUCGAAGGCAGCACAAUUACGGAGUGAAAUUGGACAGUUUCGACAAUUAGACUUUGAACCAUUCUAUGAGGCAUGGGAGAGAUAUAAAGAUCUAUUCAGAAGAUGUCCUCAGCAUGGUUACUCGGAUUGGUUGCAGACACAAACCUUCUACAAUGGUUUGAAUGGUCAGACACGGAUAGUGGUAGAUUCUGCAGUAGGGGGUGCACUAUUAUCCAAAACUCCAAAUGAGGCUUAUGCAUUAUUGGAUGAGAUAGCUACUAAUAGCUAUCAAUGGCCGAGUGAGCGUUCAAGUGCAAAGAAAGUUGCUGGCCUUUAUGAAGUAGAUCCUAUAACCGUCCUUGCAGCUCAAAUGUCAUCUCUCACUAAUCAAAUAGUUGCAUUAACUUCACAUGGAUCACAGAAGAAAUCAGAAUCUAUUAUGGCUACAUCCACUGCAUACCAAAAAGUUGAAAGGGAGAAUGAACAACUUCAGUAUGUGAAUGAUCGAAAUUUCAAUCAAAAGGGAAACUACUCAGGAAACAACUACUAUCAGGGGUUCAAUAAUCAAGCGUUUGGGCGAAUGCCAUCACUGGAAGAUAUUUUAGGAACCUUCAUUUCGGAGACCAUAUCGAGGUUCUACAAAGAUGAGGCAAGACUUGACAGCAUUGAAACACAUAUGACCAACUUGGGAGCUACAGUUAAGAAUUUGGAAGUACAGAUUGGUCAGAUAGCAACUGCAAUACAGUCUCAACAAAAAGGACAAUUUCCCAGUGACAUAGAGGUUAACCCACGGGAACACUGCAAUGCUAUCACCCUAAGAAGUGGUAAAGUAGUUGAAGAACGCAAGCUUAGAGAGGCUGGGGUACCUACAUCGGAUCCCAUUCUUGCAAGGGAAAAGCAGAUUGAAGGGCAGAAAACUGAGGCAGAGGCAACAAAGAAGAUUUAUAAGCCUUACUCAAUUUCAUUUCCGGACAACCCACCUAUCUUGAAGCCCCCACUACCAUUCCCGCAGAGAUAUUUGAAGAAGGACUUUGAUGAAAAAUUCGCAAAGUUUUUGGAGAUCUUCAAGAAAAUCCACAUCAACAUUCCCUUUGCAGAAAUCUUUGCCCAAAUGCCUAACUAUACCAAGUUCUUAAAGGAAGUGAUGUCAAAGAAGAGAAAGUUGGAGGAAUUUGAGACUGUUAAGCUGACAGAGGAGUGUAGUGCCAUACUUCAGAAGAAGCUCCCUCACAAAUUGAAAGAUCUGGGCAGCUUCAACAUCCCGUGCAAUAUUGGUGGUAUCACAUUUGAUAGGGCACUAUGUGACCUUGGAUCUAGCAUAAACUUGAUGCCCUUAUCAGUGUUCAAAAAGCUGGGUCUUGGAAAAUUGAAUCCCACAACCCUUACCUUGCAACUGGUGGACAGAUCGAUCACAUAUCCCAAAGGCAUUAUUGAAGAUGUGUUGGUGAUGGUUGAUAAGUUCAUCUUUUCGGUGGACUUUGUGGUAUUGGACAUGGAGGAGGAUGAGAAAGUACCAACGAUUCUUGGCCGACCUUUCUUGGCUAUUGGAAGAGCAUUGAUUGAUGUGCAAGAAGGAAAGUUGACACUACAAGUUAAUGAAGAGCAAGUAACUUUCAACAUCCAUCAAGAAAAGAAAGCACCAGAAAAAGGAAAAGUUGACACUUACAAAAUGAUCCAAUCAGCUGAAGUAAUUGCAGAAAACGGAGAAAAAAGGGAAUUAUUUUAUGAUCCAUUGGUGCAAUACAUGGAAAUUAGUUACUCAACAAGGGAUGCAUCUACUGAUGGUAAUGACUCAGAAAUGAAGAAAGCAGUGGAUUUCAUCUUAGCUCAAGAAGCUGACCCACCUGACAAAAAAAAGAGCUAUAUAAAUAGGCGUUUGAAACCUCCAAACAUUACCAAACCAAAAGAGGUCUUGAAAGCCAUACCAAGGUCAAAAUAG